GGCGCCAUUUUUCUUAUUUCGGGCCAGGAGGGAAGUUCCUGGCAGCGCGGAUGAGUAUUUUCUCGGGUUCCCUGAGUGGGCUGUACGCGGGGACUUGUUUGUGGACAUGAAGGCCGAAUUGGUGCCUAUUUGCACGACCUGGAUCCUGGGGGUCGUCCUCGUCGUCCUCCUCCUGUGCCUGGGACCGUCGGCUGGGAAAAUGUGUGGUCCCAACAUGGACAUCCGAAAUGACAUCCGUGAGCUUAAACAGCUGGAAGAUUGUGUGGUGAUAGAAGGCUACCUGCAAAUUCUGCUCAUCUCAAAUGCCAAGGCAGAGGACUUCCGGAACCUACGGUUCCCCAAACUGACCGUUAUCACUGACUAUUUAUUGCUUUUCCGGGUUUCUGGCUUGGUGAGUCUCAGCAAUCUCUUUCCCAACCUCACUGUGAUCCGUGGCCGAGUCCUCUUCUACAACUACGCCCUUGUUAUCUUUGAGAUGACCGACCUCAAGGAGAUUGGAUUGUACAACUUGCGUAACAUAACACGUGGCGCCGUCAGGAUCGAGAAGAACUCGGAACUGUGUUAUGUGUCCACGGUGGACUGGUCGCUUGUUCUGGAUGCCGUCUACAACAACUACAUUGUUGGGAAUAAGCCACCGAAGGAGUGUGUGGAUUUGUGUCCUGGAGCUAGAGAGAAAAUGCAAAUUUGUGAAAAGUCAUCCAUAAAUAAUGAAUUUGCCGACCGAUGUUGGUCGGAUGAGCACUGCCAAAAAGUCUGUCCCAGUGUUUGUGGCAAGCGAGCGUGUUCUGAUAACAACGAAUGCUGUCAUCCAGAAUGCUUGGGCAGCUGCACGGCUCCCGAUAACGAUACAGCUUGUGUGGCCUGUCACCACUACUUCUACGAGGGCCGCUGUGUCCCGACCUGCCCGUCUAACACCUAUAAAUUUGAAGGGUGGCGCUGCAUCACUCGGGAAGUAUGUGCCAAGAUGCAUAUCUGGAUACACAGCACAAUUCCAUUCAUCAUUCACAAAGGAGAAUGUGUAUACGAGUGCCCAUCAGGAUACAUGCUGAAUAAAAGCCAGAGCAUGACCUGCAGCCCCUGCGAGGGUCCCUGCCCCAAAAUAUGUGAAGAGAAGAUGAAAACCAUUGAUUCUGUUACCUCAGCCCAAAUGCUGGAAGGUUGUACUGUCCUGAAGGGCAACCUGCAACUAAAUAUCCGCAAGGGUCAAAAUAUUGCUGCAGAGUUGGAGAAUUUCUUGGGUCUGAUAGAGACAGUCACUGGCUAUGUCAAGAUUCGUCACUCCCAUGCACUGGUAUCUCUGUCUUUCCUGAAAAGUCUGCGCUACAUCCUGGGAGAGGAGCAAAUGCCUGGAAAUUAUUCCUUUUACGUCUUUGACAAUAACAACUUACAGCAGCUGUGGGACUGGUCGAAGCACAACCUCACCAUCAAAGAGGGCAAAAUACGCUUUGCAUUCAACUCCAAGCUAUGCGCUUCUGAGAUUUACCGCAUGGAGGAAGUCACCGGAACAAAGGGGAGGCAGGCUGAAGAAGACAUCAGCCUCAGUACUAAUGGAAAUAUGGCAUCUUGUGAGAGUCAUGUCUUAAAUUUCACCUCCAGGAGCAAAAUUAAGAACCGGAUUAAGCUUACUUGGGAGCGUUACAGGCCACCUGAUUACAGAGACCUUAUCAGCUUCACUGUCUACUACAAAGAGGCACCAUUCCGUAAUGUAACAGAGUAUGAUGGUCAGGAUGCAUGCGGAUCCAACAGCUGGAAUAUGGUGGACGUAGACCUCCCGGCUAGCAAGGAAAGUGACCCUGGAAUCCUCCUGCAGGGACUUAAGCCUUGGACACAAUAUGCAAUCUAUGUGAAGGCUAUAACCCUGACCAUGUUGGAGAACCGUCAUAUCCAUGGUGCCAAGAGCAAGAUCAUAUAUAUGCGUACAGAUGCAGCAGUUCCUUCCAUCCCACAGGAUGUGAUCUCAGCAUCCAACUCAUCUUCUCAGCUGGUAGUGAAGUGGAACCCACCCAGUCUCCCAAAUGGGAAUCUCUCCUAUUAUAUUGUGCGAUGGCAGCAGCAGCCUCAGGACAGACACUUGUAUCAAUACAACUAUUGCUUCAAAGAUAAAGUACCCAAUCGGAAAUAUGCCAAUGGGACCAUUGACACAGAAGGUGGGACAGAGCCUACAAAGCCAGAAGGCAGUGUAGGAGAAAAGGGCCAUUGUUGUGCCUGUCCUAAAACUGAGGCAGAGAAAAAAGCUGAAAAAGAUGAAGCGGAAUACAGAAAAGUUUUUGAAAAUUUCCUCCACAAUUCCAUUUUUGUGCCAAGGCCCAACCGUAGGCGUAGAGAUGUCUUAGCUGUUGGAAAUUCCACAGUGACCAGUUAUGAAAAGAAUUCCACCACAGAGGACUUCUCCAAUUUCUCUGACUCUGAAAGAGAUGAUAUAGAAUACCCAUUCUAUGAGACAAAGGUUGACUACAAGUGGGAGAGGACAGUGAUUUCAAACUUGCAACCAUUUACUCUCUAUCGUAUCGAUAUCCAUAGCUGUAACCACGAGGCUGAGAAGCUUGGCUGUAGUGCAUCCAAUUUUGUCUUUGCCAGAACCAUGCCAGCAGCCGGAGCCGAUGAUAUCCCAGGUAUAGUAAACACUAAAGAAGAAGAUGAUGGUGUGAUCUUUCUCGGAUGGCCUGAACCCUUAAGGCCAAAUGGCCUAAUACUCAUGUAUGAGAUUGAGUACAAGCAUCAGGGAGAGGUACACAGGGAAUGUGUGUCUAGGCAGGACUACCGGAAGAACGGUGGCAUCAAACUCGUGCGGCUUCCUCCAGGCAAUUACUCGGCACAGGUUCAGGCCAUCUCACUCUAUGGAAAUGGAUCAUGGACAGAAAUGGUCUCCUUCUGUGUAAAGCUAAAACCGGAUGUGAGAAAUAAUAUCCUGCAAAUGGUCGUGGCCAUUCCCCUCGCCCUCUCCUUCCUGUUGGUGGGUAUCAUCAGCAUCGUCUGCUUCGUUUUUAAGAAGAGAAACAGCAACCGACUUGGAAAUGGUGUUCUCUAUGCUUCUGUGAACCCGGAGUAUUUCAGUGCAGCAGAAAUGUAUGUUCCUGAUGAAUGGGAGGUUCCUCGAGAGAAGAUAACAAUGAACAGAGAGCUUGGGCAAGGUUCGUUUGGAAUGGUGUACGAGGGAAUUGCCAAAGGGGUGGUGAAGGAUGAGGCAGAGACGAAAGUUGCCAUAAAGACGGUCAACGAAGCUGCCAGCAUGCGGGAGAGAAUUGAAUUUCUGAAUGAAGCUUCCGUCAUGAAGGAGUUCAACUGUCACCACGUGGUGCGCUUAUUAGGGGUCGUUUCUCAAGGUCAGCCAACACUUGUCAUCAUGGAAUUAAUGACUCGAGGAGACCUCAAAAGCUACCUACGAUCUUUAAGACCAGACACAGAGAGUAACUCCGGGCAGCCUACUCCUUCCCUGAAGAAGAUGAUCCAGAUGGCAGGAGAAAUUGCAGAUGGAAUGUCCUAUCUCAAUGCAAACAAGUUUGUUCACAGAGAUCUGGCUGCUAGGAACUGCAUGGUUACUGAGGAUUUCACAGUUAAGAUUGGAGACUUUGGCAUGACGAGAGACAUCUAUGAGACAGACUAUUACAGGAAAGGGGGGAAAGGUCUCCUGCCUGUGCGUUGGAUGUCUCCGGAAUCCCUGAAGGAUGGUGUUUUCACAACUAACUCUGAUGUCUGGUCCUUUGGCGUUGUGUUAUGGGAGAUUGCAACUCUGGCAGAGCAGCCUUACCAAGGCAUGUCCAAUGAGCAGGUUCUUCGCUUUGUUAUGGAAGGAGGCCUUCUGGAGAAGCCGGAUAACUGCCCUGACAUGCUGUUUGAACUAAUGCGCAUGUGCUGGCAGUUCAACCCCAAGAUGAGACCAUCGUUCCUGGAGAUUAUCAGCAGUAUCAAAGAUGAACUUGACCCCGGCUUCAAAGAGGUGUCCUUUUUCUACAGCGAAGAGAACAAGCCCCCAGACACAGAAGAGCUAGAUCUGGAGGCAGAGAACAUGGAGAGCAUUCCGUUGGAUCCCUCGUGUGCCCUGCAGAACUCCGAGCACCAUGCGGGACACAAAUCUGAAAAUGGCCCAGGUGUAGUAGUUCUUAGGGCAAGUUUUGAUGAGAGGCAACCAUAUGCACACAUGAAUGGAGGGCGCAAAAAUGAGAGGGCACUCCCUCUGCCCCAGUCCUCGGCCUGCUGAUCCUGGCUGGGAGUCUGACAGACACUCUUGGAAAUAUACUGCCUUGUGUACCUCGGUGAUCUGGAGAAACCCGCUGUAUCAGUGAAAACACUAAUCCGUUCUUUCAGCGUGGCUUUGGCCUCUUUCUGACUCGGUACUGGUGUUGCUCCUCACAAAUGACCUUGUGCGUCAGACCAAUGUCACUUCAAUCGUGCCCAGGCCCGAGCAUAUACCGAAUGUGCAUCCUUUGCAAUACGUGUGGUCCAGACAGGCGGCUCAUCUGCUUACAAACACAUGAAAAAAAACAAACAACAAAUAUCUAUAAAUAUAUAUAUAUAAAUGUACACUUUUUUUUUUUUACUUAGACCUUUAUAAUAAGAAAAAUUUAGUAACAUUACUGCAGAAUACCUUUGCAUCCCAUAUAUGCUGUUAUUUAAUCUGACAUUCUUUGCCAAAUAGCUCUUUGACAGAAUGGAUAGUGCAGAUGAGGGGGAUGUCCCUUCAUAUCACAGGACCAUGCACACUUUAUUUUUCUUUAAAUUACCAUAAUAUAAAUCCUGGGGAUAUUUUUCUUCUCCAGAUGAAGAUAUAUAUUUUUUUUCCUAUUUUGUGUGUGUGUGUGCUUGAUGAGGUGGGAAAAACCAUAUAUGUAUAUAUACAAGACAAAACAUUCUGGAGAAAACUGGCAAAAAA